AUGUACCGCUAUCAGUUUUUGCGAGAAUUGGGUGACGGAACGUAUGGUUCCGUCCUUCUUGCCCUGUCCAUAGAGACGAAAGAGAAGGUGGCCAUCAAAAAGUAGGUUUACGAGAGUUAUCUCCAUGUAAACAGAAUGAAGAAGAAAUACUACUCAUGGGAGGAAUGCCUUAACUUACGUGAAGUGAAGGUAAUUUGUUUCGCAGCAAGUUAGCUCUUUUCAGUCGUUAAGAAAGUUGAAUCAUCCUAACGUUAUCAAGCUUAAAGAAGUUGUUCGGGAAAACUAUCUACUCUAUCUUAUCUUUGAAUUCAUGAAUCAAAACAUGUAUGAGUUAAUGCGGGAAAGGUAAAUAUAAUCGGAAUACAAUACAGCUGGCACCCCUCUCGACUUGCACUGUGUUGUCUGCACGCCCUCUUGAUAGUGUCUCCGCACCAUCACUGCCUUCAGAAUUCUGCACUAUAUCUGCUACUGAUCUGUGUAUUAUUUUGGAUUAUCUGAGAAAUGGGUCUCACAUUUGGUAAUACUGGCCUCACAUGGUUGCCGUUGUCACAUGCCUGUGCAAAUCUCGUAAGCUGUUGGGUUCGCACACCCUUACCAGUUAGCGUAGAAUUUCGUUCAAAUUCAUUUCGGCCGAAAUGGAAAGCCAAGUGAUUAGGCCUUGCCAUUUAGUUAAUUCUGUCAUUCUUCACGCAUAUUCAGCAGCACCUCGAUCUUCGUUAAUGUGUAUUUGUUUCGUCAAGUUGCACUCACCACCUGUAUUCUGUUUACAUCAUUUUCUAAGACACUUAAACGGUUGGAGCAUCCGAGCAUUAUAAGAUUGAGGGAAGUCAUUCGGGAGAAGGACGAACUAUUCUUUGUUUUCGAGUACAUGAAGGAAAACCUCUACGAAAUGAUGAAACGCAGGUUCAGCCAAGCGUUUUUGUGUUAUCUGUUUCCGUCGGAUUCGUUCCAUUAUGUGCCCUAGUUUGGUCUCCUGACUUAGUGCUGUUUAUAUCUGAGACGGUUGCUUCCAUUUAGGACCAAACUGUUUUCCGAAGAUUCGGUGCGAAAAAUAACAUGGCAAGUCUUGGACGGUCUAGCCUACAUGCACAAGAAAGGUGAGCCCAUGGUUCUAUAUUUUGGACCACUGCGCCUUAUGUUCUCUAUUAACCAUUUCGUGGCUUUUUCAGGGUUCUUUCAUCGCGAUUUAAAGCCAGAGAAUCUGUUAUGUAACGGAACAGAUACAAUAAAGUUGGCGGACUUUGGGCUAGCAAGGGAAAUCCGAUCUCAGCCUCCCUACACCGAUUAUGUGUCAACACGAUGGUAAGAAAACUUUAUUUGGGAACCUAUAUCUUUCCUCCCUUAUACGUUUUUUUUAUUUCCCCCGGCAACCAUUUUGUCGAUCACGAAAGUCAAGAUGCAUGCGUUGUCCAAGAGCGUUUUUGCCAGUCUUAAUGGUUUUCAUCUAGGAAAUGGUGGCUAACGCUGAUUAAGGCCAUGUCAAGUUUUUUUGCUUUUGGUAGGUAUCGGGCCCCGGAGGUGCUUCUGCGGUCAUUGAAGUAUAACUCACCAAUCGACCUGUUUGCAGUCGGCUGUAUCAUGGCAGAACUGUACACACUCCGUCCUCUCUUUCCCGGCGACUCCGAAAUCGACAUGCUAUACAAAAUUUGCUCUGUUUUGGGGACCCCCAGCCAGGUACAUUUUUUAAAAAUCGGUUAACUUUUAUCUCUAAGGUUUCCAAGUGUAUUUGCCGUUGUUUCAAACUCAGGCACCACUUUCAAUAGUCUCAACAAUCUAACUACUUUUGCCUUAUCAUUUAAACAAAGUGCCAUAGAAGGUCAGACCGCCACUGAUGCUGUAAAACUGUGUAGUGUGAUUAGGAAAACCAGUGUGAUAUGUUUUAAUUUUGAUACUUCUUGAAAGUUCGAUUCUUCGUGAACUCUGCCGUACGCAUUUAGUGAUCACCUUCAGCAUUGUCCGAGUAUCUAUAAAUUGCUUCCGAAAAUUUAUAUUCAUAGGAGGUUUACCGAAUUUUCUCGCGUUUGCACGAGUUUUCCAAACCAUUAUAAGAACAAAGGCCUACUAACUGCCCAAGGAUUAUAAGUUGACCGAAACUUAGACCUGUGCUCUGCUUCCGUCCGGCUCUUAACAUGCUCCCAUUGUCUUCUAUGAAGAGACUAAUUGAUCUUUUAUACUUCCUUCAGAAAGAGUGGCCUGAGGGUUACCAGCUCGCUGGUGCGAUGAAUUUCAAAUUUCCGAAGUGUCCUCCGAUUCCUCUUGGCAAUUUGAUCCCAAAUGCCAGCCCAGAGGGCAUCAGUCUGAUGUGCGAUCUCAUCUCCUGGAACUCCCAGAAGCGCCCUACUUCCCGAGAGGCAAUCACACCUAUUUACUUCCUUGAAAACUGA